AAAAAAUAACGAAGUGUUCUAACACAUUUUAAUUAAGUAAUAUUUGAAAUGAUGUUACAAUUUUUUUUUUUUUUUUUUAUGUGAUAGGAGGCAAACGAUUAUCACCUGAUUACAAAUUUUGAUUUCAUAAUGGAUGAACAAAUUCUAUAGGUAUCCCGUUCAAAUAUGACUUUAUUAAAUAUGCAAAUGAAGUAAGUGCCUAGAUAACUUCACUUGAUUUCCCCACGGCAUAAUAAUUUUCGAAUUCUUGAUUUAUCAAACAAAUCACGUAAUCGAAUAGGUAUUCUAUUAAUGAAAACAACCAUUGUUGGUUUUACCGUUGGCUUUAAACGUGGUGUCAUUAUGAGUUUUAAAACAGUCGACGCACUUUCAGCGGAUAUCCUAGAUGAAAACUUCUUAAAAGUUUUUGAACCCUUACACUUUGUGCAAAAAAUAUUGGGCUUUCAUCGGGUGAAGAUAGCGUACAGAUUUGUAACAGAAUCGUCAAUCAACUAUAAAUUCUACAGCUGUAUUUUGUGGACCAUUCACUCGAUUAGCCUCAUUGUUAAUCUUAACUGUUCAUCUAUAUUAGGUUCAGCCAAAAUAGAUGUAUUGCUGAGACUUAGUCUGGCAAUAAAUGGGGUCUUCAAUACCUUUAUAGCCUGGCAAAAUAACUUCUGCGAUGAAGAGUUAAACAGCAAACUGUAUGUGAAACUGCAAAAAAUUGAUCGCGAAUUAAAAAUGAGUAACGCAGUACUUUUCAACAAGAGGCUUACUGUACUGAGUUACCUAGUAACUUUUGCAGGUACACUUGCUUGUUUUACCUGGACAAUAACUUGCAGCAUUGUAGUGGCUCAACAAAUUUGCUACUCAACUUUGCUCAUCAUGGCCAUGUCAAUAGCAAAUUGUUACGAAAUAUUUUUACUAUGGAUUAUAUUAUUGUUUCUGAUCAUUCGUGUAACACAUGUAAAUAAUAUUUUACGUGCUAAAUUAUCACUGUACACAUCAGACACACCGACGGAAUAUAACAAAAAAGAUUUGUGGACUGUCAAUUCCUAUGAGAAGUCCGAAAAUAGCAAAUACCAAGAAUUGGUUUACAGUGUUUAUAGCAUUUUGGACACGCUGGCCGAUGUCACCAAACUUUUUAGAUUCCCAGUUUUCGCAUUCACGACCCAGGUGUUGCUUUGUAAUUUGGCUCUAGUUCAAUGCUAUAUAGACUCUGUCAAAGAAAAGGUAGAGAUUCGUGGCUAUUUAUGGGCUUCAACGAUACCAGUACAAGUGUGUUUGGGUACGAUCGUUCUAGUAAUUUCAAUCACCGCUGGAUAUCUAACUUCGAGCCUCGAAAGGACAAGGAAGCUUAGUUUGAACAUAAAGUCGCUGUUAAACAAUAGUCCUGUGAGAGAAAAGGUGAGGAACAUGCUUAAGACAAUAGAGAGCAGCCCUCCCCGGUUCUCUGUGUAUGGCAUGUGGAAUAUCGAGGGGAUGUUCCUCCUUCGCCUGUUUAGUAUUGUCACAGCUAUGAUCGUUACGGAACUGCAAUUGUUGCUUUUGUAAU